AUGCAGCCAUGGACUGGCGUUAGUCGCUCCCUCACCUUACGACCCUUGGCUCGUUUCGCUGUACGACCCUUCACCACAACCUCGAUUCUGCAGAGAUCGAGAAAGGUCAAACCCGAGAUCUCCACAGACAGGAAAGACACAAAAAAAGGCAAAUCACAUGGAGGAGGUUCGGCCGGAAGGUCCGCCCGACAGGAUAUUGCGGCCGCACGAGAUUUCAACGAACUGGUGGAUGCGACCCUGCGCGAUCUAUACAGCAAGUUGACGAAAUCAGGCGAAUCACUAGAAGGAUGGUCCCAAUUCGAGCGCCAAAUUAAAAAUGCCUGCAAAUCAGACGAUAAGAAGGCAUCUGCACAAUGGGGACCCCUUCGGCAUACAAAGGUAGCGCUGCAAAAGGCUUACCUCUCCUCCGGACUUCAGGGCCUGCGGGAGGAGGUGGAAUAUAUGCAGUAUUCGGAGAACAUCACUGCCAGGUUUUCAGCACCCAUCUUGGAAGCACAGCAAGAAGUGACCGACCUUCGAUGGCCAGCCGAGUGGUAUCCGCGCGCACGAUCGAUGCAGCGAACAAUCCAUCUCCAUGUCGGGCCGACGAAUUCCGGAAAAACCUACCAUGCACUACAACGGCUGGCGAAAAGCAAGAAUGGGUUCUACGCAGGUCCGCUGAGAUUGCUCGCGCAAGAAGUAUAUCAUCGAUUCAAAGCAGAUGGGGUUCCAUGCAGUCUCGUCACUGGUGACGAUGUCAAAUUUCCCGAUGAUGAUCAGGUGCCGCGCAUUACCAGCAAUACCGUGGAAAUGGUCAGCCUGGGGCAGGAAUACGAUGUUGGCGUAAUCGAUGAGAUCCAAAUGAUUGCUAACUCGUCAAGAGGAUGGGCAUGGACUCGAGCUUUCCUUGGUGCUCAGGUAGCCGAACUGCACCUGUGUGGUGAAACCCGCGCCAUAGCAUUGAUUCGGGAGCUAUGUGCACUCACGGGAGAUAAUUUGGAGGUCCACCGCUACGAACGUCUGAACGCCUUGGAAGUGAUGCCGCACAGUUUAAAGGGUAAUCUCAAUAGUCUUGAAAAGGGCGACUGUAUAGUCGUCUUCUCCCGGAAAGGUAUACACGCCAUGAAGGCAGACAUCGAGAAGACCACCGGGAGACGUGCAGCCAUCGUUUAUGGCGGUCUGCCAGCAGAGAUUCGGACCCAACAGGCAAAUCUGUUCAACGACCCAGAUAAUGACUAUGACUUCCUCGUGGCAAGUGAUGCGAUUGGCAUGGGUCUUAACCUGAGCUGCAAACGCGUUAUCUUUGACACCCUCGUCAAGCGUGUCCCGACUGGACUUCAACGGCUUACUGUCCCCGAGAUUAAACAAAUUGGUGGACGUGCUGGUCGAUAUCGCCCAGCCAAUGCCACGGAAAGCACAAAUGACGAGCCUAACGUGGGCCUGAUCUCCUGUCUCGAAGAGGUUGACCUUCCAUAUAUCCAGCAAGCUCUAAAGUUGGAGCCCCCACCGCUGAGUGCGGCAGGCAUCUUCCCUCCAGAAUCUGUUUUCCGGAAAUUCGCCGCCUACUUCCCACCAGGUGUACCUUUCGAAUAUCUGAUCAAGCGGGUCUUGGACAUUGCCAAGGUCAAUCCUUUGUUCUUCUUGUGUGACCCCAGCAGUCAGUUGGAAAACGCCGAAAUUAUCGACACUGUCAAAGGACUGCCGUUUGAGGAUCAGUUAAAGUUCAUGGUUUCUCCAAUGGACCGUAAAAGUUCAGGUGCGCGUGAUGUUACCGGUGCUAUGGCGGACUGUGUAGCCGAACAUCAUGAAGGGCGACUGUUGGACAUCGCCUAUCUCAACUUGGAAGUCAUCGAACAGCCCGUUUCUGGCAGCAAUGACUAUUUGCAUGAUCUGGAGAGCCUUCAUAGGGCAGUUAUCUUGUACCUGUGGCUCAGUUUCCGAUUCGGUGGUGUCUUCACUGACCGAACUCUGGCAAGUCAUGUCAAGGAACUUGUUGAGGAGCGGAUGGUUCGGGCAUUGACUGAAUUCUCCGCUAAUAAGAGGUUGCGGAAGGGUGCCUCUCUGAAGCGCCAGAUUGCGCUGCAGAAACAGCUGUUGGAGCAGGAACGCAUGGGAGUUGCUGGAGACUGGAGGCAACCAUCUGGUGAAGGAGAGCAGAUGGAAAUAAAUCUCUCUGAAGAAGCUGCUUCGGAGGUUGGGGAGGCUGCAGAGGGUGAAUCGUCCGACGCUGAUCUCUCAUUAUAUGAGCCAUCACCGGAGGCAGAGGGCGAGGCAGAGGGUGCACCCCCCGACUCGAACGACUCGGAGUCUGACUCAAAAGAGUCUUACUAUGACACAGAAGUCCCCAAAGAAUGA